AUGCCACGUCAUCAACCUCAUUUGUUGAUCGUCCGUCCGUCCCUCCGUUCUUUCUUUCCUCCCCUCUCUUUUCCCUCGUUACAAUCACGUGCGCCAGGCGUGGAGGUGAAGCAGGGCGAGCCAAUCGUGUGCGACCCUGAAGAUGGUACCGGAGGGCCGCUCCACAUCUCCCAGGCUGUCCUAGGGGCUGACUGCCCUCUCAACAAACGCGUCCUUGUGCAAGUCAGGGUGCUAGCCACGCAUGAGGAGGGGGAGGAAGGGGAAGAGGGGGAGGAGGGGGAGGAGGCGGGGGAGGGGGAAGCAUUAGAAACUAAGGGAACCCCGAAGGGCAAGGGAAGCCUGGGGGGAAAGGCAAGUCCGGGUGGAAAGGGCAGUCCUGCUAGCGUUAAAGGCAGUCCUGGGAGCAGCAGCAAGACUGGCAGUGCGGUCAACGGCUGCUGUGAGCCUAAGGGCAAGAGCCAUAGUCACGGGGCGGGUGCUGCUGCUGCUGCUGGUGCUGCGGCUGAUGCUAGCCGUCCGAUCAUGAUCUGCUCGCUGACCGCGGGCGGCCCCAUGGAAUGCUGUCCGUUGGAUCUGAUGAUGGACGAGCCGUUUGAGAUCAGCCUGGUGGUACCCGAGGAGGGAAAAGGGGCAGGGGGAAAUUGCUCGGUGCAUUUGUCGGGGUAUUACAUGGCUGAGGGGGUGUUGGGAGGGGAGGAGGAGCAUGGGGAGGAGGGAGAGGAGAGCGAGGAGGAGGGGGAGGAGGGAGAGGAGGUGGAUACGGACGAGGAGGACGCACACCUGGCAGGACUGCCGCUGGAUUGGUCGAGGGCAAUUGUAGAUGAUAGCGAGGAGGAUGAUGAGGAGGAUGAUGAGGAGGAUGAGAUGGAGGGAGUGGUGUUGGCGAACAGCAGCCAAACGGGAGUGCGUAUAGUAGAGAUUACGGACGAGGAGCAGGGAGCAGGGAAGGCGGCUGUAAAGGCUAUUACGGACGAGGAGCAGGGAGCAGGGAAGGCGUCUGGAGCAGCUGGAGCAGCUGUAGCAGCUCUCCCCAGCGCGGAUCCCGUGGUUCAGGAGCCCAGUGCUGCUGCCGGUGGUGCUGCUGGCGGCACUGCCAAGGGGAAGAAGGGCGCUGCAAAGGAUAAGAAGCAGCAGGGGCAGCAGGAGAAGGGGCAGGAGCAGGGGAAGGGGAAGGAGCAAGGGAAGGGAGCAGCGGCGGCAGGGGCAGCAGGGGCGGAGAAGAGGAAAGGAGAGGCGGGUGCAGCAGGAGGGGAAGCAGCGGCAGCGGCACCACCAGGGAAGAAGAGCCGCGUGGCCGAGCACAAGGAUGCCAAGGCAAAGCAGGCGGAGCAGAAAAAGAAGGCUGAGGAGGAGAAGAAGAAGAAGCAGGAGGAGGUGCAAGCAAAGAAGAAGCAAGCAGACGAGGAGAAGAAGAAAAAGAAGCAGGAGGAGGACGCAAAGAAGAAGAAGCAGGACGGGGAGGCAUGGGCAAAGGCGAAACAAGCAGCAGCCGCAGGGUCACCAGGAGCAGGGGAGGAGAAGCAGGGGAAGACGAGGAAGCGGGUGUUUCCGGGCGGCAUGGAGGUGGAGGAGCUGAGCAUGGGCAAGCCCGAUGGGAAGGUGGCAGAGCCGGGGAAGAAGGUGAGAAUGGAGGGAUUGGCUGUGUGUAUGGCAUGCCGUGGAUUGGAAGGGGGCAUGGAGGUGGAGGAGCUAGCAACGGGCAAGCCCGAUGGGAAAGUGGCUGAGCCGGGCAAGAAGGUUGUUCCGGGAGGCAUGGAGGUGGAGGAGCUAGCAAUGGGGAAACCGGAUGGGAAAGUGGCUGAGCCGGGGAAGAAGGUCAUGAUGAGGUACAUUGGCCGUCUCAAGAAGACAGGGAAGGUCUUUGACUCCAACCUCACACAUCCCCAACCGUUUGCCUUCCGCCUUGGCGUGGGAGAAGUGAUCAAGGGGUGGGACGUCGGCGUGAAAGGCAUGCGAAUUGGUGACAAGAGGCGCCUCACCAUCCCUCCUGCCCUCGGGUACGGCUUCAGAGGGGCCCCGCCCAAGAUUCCCGGCAACGCCACUCUCGAGUUUGACGUGGAGCUCAUUGGCGUCAACGCCCCCCCAGAGACCCCCAAGCCCACCCCAAGCCCGCCCACCCACGGAACUCCCGCCAGCCUGAAGCCACAUGGUGGCCUCCAAACCAACCCCUUCACCACCACAACAGCCCCAGAGACGCCAAGUCCCCGGCACCCUCAGAGCCCCCAAGCCCACCCUCCCACGAGCCCCCUCGGUUGUGCGACAUGGCUGGGCGAGUCGCCUGGACUCUCAGACAGCACUCCUGUUAGCCAGCAGUCCCAUUGUGCCUUCCGUGGCAGUCAUACCAUCACCAACCCCCUCACCCUUCACCAACCCCCUAACCCUUCACCGACCCCCUCACCCUUCACCAACCCGCUCACCCUUCACCAACCCCCUCACCCUUCACCAACCCCUCACCCUUCACCAACCCGCUCACCCUUCACCAACCCCCUCACCCUUCACCAACCCCCUCACCCUUCACCAACCCCCUCACCCUUCACCAACCCGCUCACCCUUCACCAACCCCUCACCCUUCACCAACCCGCUCACCCUUCACCAACCCCUCACCCUUCACCAACCCGCUCACCCUUCACCGACCCCUCACCCUUCACCAACCCGCUCACCCUUCACCAACCCCUCACCCUUCACCAACCCCCUCACCCUUCACCAACCCCCUCACCCUUCACCAACCCGCUCACCCUUCACCAACCCCUCACCCUUCACCAACCCGCUCACCCUUCACCAACCCCUCACCCUUCACCAACCCGCUCACCCUUCACCGACCCCUCACCCUUCACCAACCCGCUCACCCUUCACCAACCCCUCACCCUUCACCAACCCCCUCACCCUUCACCAACCCCCUCACCCUUCACCAACCCCCUCACCCUUCACCAACCCCCUCACCCUUCACCAACCCGCUCACCCUUCACCAACCCCUCACCCUUCACCAACCCGCUCACCCUUCACCAACCCCUCACCCUUCACCAACCCGCUCACCCUUCACCAACCCCUCACCCUUCACCAACCCGCUCACCCUUCACCAACCCCCUCACCCUUCACCAACCCCCUCACCCUUCACCAACCCCUCACCCUUCACCAACCCGCUCACCCUUCACCAACCCCUCACCCUUCACCAACCCGCUCACCCUUCACCGACCCCUCACCCUUCACCAACCCGCUCACCCUUCACCAACCCCCUCACCCUUCACCAACCCCCUCACCCUUCACCAACCCCCUCACCCUUCACCAACCCCCUCACCCUUCACCAACCCCCUCACCCUUCACCAACCCGCUCACCCUUCACCAACCCCUCACCCUUCACCAACCCGCUCACCCUUCACCAACCCCUCACCCUUCACCAACCCGCUCACCCUUCACCAACCCCUCACCCUUCACCAACCCGCUCACCCUUCACCAACCCCCUCACCCUUCACCAACCCCCUCACCCUUCACCAACCCCCUCACCCUUCACCAACCCCCUCACCCUUCACCAACCCCUCACCCUUCACCAACCCCCUCACCGCCACGACCACUGCCCCCAGCGCCCCCAGAACCUCCAAGCCCGGCCUCCCAGGAACCCCCACGGUUAUGCGACAGGCCAACCCCACUAUGACUGGGUGA